AGCUUACAUCUCGACCUCCUCAACGAGCCUUUAACUAUCUCGGGUAUUCCAGCUCGCCCUUUCUCGGUCCCCAUCAAUCUUGUCUCUUUCUGGUGAGAUACACCGCUCUGACGAAACAAUGCCUGGCGUUCCAUCUUACAAAGGCUGCGAUGCGUGUCGGAAACAGAAGAAAAAGUGUGAUAAAGCUCAGCCAAAGUGUGCGAGGUGUGAAAGGCUUGAUAUUCCGUGUAUCAACGUUGGCAAACAGCGGUACAAGUUUAAAGUCCAGACUCUUGAACCGGGAGACAGUAUAAGUCUUCAGAGCAUCGAUACGGAAGAUGACACUACGACUUCAAGUUCGCGGUCUUCAAAAUCGCCUAUUUCUUUUACCCAAGCGCUAGUGAGAGUUCCUUACAAUAAAACAACAAUGGUCACUCAAACGCUUGUUUCGAGGUUGGAGAUUACAGAUCUGCGAUAUGACAUCACCUGUUACGGAGACUUUCUUCGACAUAUUCCUGCGCGGUUGGGGAGGAAUGAAGCUCUUGAUGCGUCAGCUGAUGCGUUGGCUACGACGUUUUCGACAUUGCAUCGACCGCAGGGGUAUCAGACUGUUGAUGCGCUCACAAAGUAUGUCAAGGCGAUAAGUUCGUUGAGAUUAUGCUUGGAGGAUCCUGCCAAGGCGAGAAUGCCUGAGACUAUGUGUUCGGUGUAUCUGAUUAUGAUCUGUCAGGGCUGGUUGGGAAGGGAUGAUGAUCCGACUACGAGUCACGGCCAGGGUUUAGCGUAUCUUCUCAAAGCAGCGGCGAGAGAGAACUGGAAAGCCGGUUUUGAAACAGACAUGCUCUUGACGUUCUGCGUCCCUGUCAUCAUAGAAAGCAUAUCAAACCCCAAGGUCAGGUUAGAAAAGUGGUUCUGGGACAUGCUCGACAACUUCAAAAAGAACAACCCCCCCUCAACGCCCGAAAGCGCAAAAGCCCAACAAGACGGCAAAGACGCAGGCGGAAUCCCCAGCCUUUCUAUCCGAAAUUUAGGCCGACUCCCAGACUUCAUAAACGACCCUGAACUCCACCGCAUGGAAAUAACGUGCGCAUACCACCGCCUGUGCCGUGACCUCCGCAAACUCUCCGAGAUCGUCAAAGCAGUAACGUGGGCGCCCGGCUUCUCCCCAACACCAAUGCAACUCCGCCUCUCCCGCUCCUACAACUCAGCCUACUCCGUGCUGCUAACAGUCCUUGUAAUAACCAGCCAAAUAAUGCAAGCCUUUGAUCCGUACAACCUCGCUUUAGUGGGCGAAGCAGCACUGUGUUCUUCAGAGGUUGUGUCGCUCGCGCAUAGGAUAAGUCAGUACAGACCGUUGGGGGCAAGCCAUGUUCCGUUGACGCUGGCUAUUGCGUGGGCUGCGACGGAUGAGCCGGGGAUGAAGAGGCAGUUGGAGGAGAAGUUGGAGGAGUAUCAGCAGGAUUGGACUGUGACGCAGUGGAUGAAGGUUGGGUAUUGGUGGACAGAGAAGUUUGCGGAGUUGAGGGGGAGGUUGGCGCCGAGGGUUUCGCUGGAGGAGGAGGAGAUGUUGGUCAGGAGGGGGGAGGGGAAGCAGUCUGCUGAUGAGUGUUGUGUUAUGUAGAAGCUAGUAUUCUGACCUCACGAAUAGCCUAUAAGAUUAGUUGAGAAGAGAGCAGGUUCUUUCUCCCCCAAGACUACGCGAAACAUCUACUCCGCGUUAUGAUUAUGUGUUAGGUC